GUUAUUAUUAUGUGCGAACGAACGAUUUAUUCAUUCAUUCAUUCAUUGUUAGACGGGACGAUCAUUCAUCAGCGUCGGGAGAUCUCUUCUGGGAAUCGAGGAUAAACAUGAUACAUUUCGUGCUUCUAGUUAGUCGGCAAGGAAAAGUGAGGCUCACCAAGUGGUAUUCGCCUUAUACACAGAAGGAAAGGUCUAAGGUCAUACGCGAACUCAGCGGUGUCAUCCUCAACCGAGGCCCCAAGCUCUGCAAUUUCAUCGAAUGGAGAGGAUACAAGGUUGUCUACAAGAGGUAUGCAAGCCUGUAUUUCUGCAUGUGCAUUGAUGAGGCGGAUAACGAGUUAGAGGUACUGGAGAUUAUUCAUCACUAUGUCGAGAUUCUUGACCGUUACUUUGGCAGUGUUUGUGAACUCGAUUUGAUUUUUAACUUCCACAAGGCGUAUUAUAUAUUGGAUGAGCUGUUGAUCGCCGGUGAGCUUCAAGAGUCGAGCAAGAAAACAGUGGCGAGGAUAAUAUCAGCUCAGGAUCAAUUGGUGGAGGCUGCGAAAGAGGAGGCUAGUUCCAUAAGUAACAUCAUUGCUCAGGCUACCAAGUAGUUUCUUUCUGAUUUGUUGUUAAAAAAGCAUCGUUAAUGGUUUAAUUAUUUGCUUAUUUUCUGAGAAAUUCUAUUCUAAAUCACACUUUUCUUUGUCCAUGUCAUGUCAUGUGUUUUAUCUGUUUGAUAAGAAACAUUUAUUGAUCCUUGUGGGUUUAUGAGUAGUGAUUCCUUUGUAAUGACCACAUACAGUACAUUCUUUGGGAUCUACCAUGAUUGAUAAGAAUACUACCA